AUGUCUCGUGGAUCAUCUAACAGUGGCACAGCUUCGACUAUCAUAAAACUAUGCUAUCGAGGUUCGAGGCGGCUCUUUAAUCGAUUCACAUCCCCAGCAGCUAAGAGAUCAGAGACACGAAAGCAAGGUUGGAGCAGUCCUUCAGUAGAGUUAAAACGAGGAUUAGGACUGACAAAUUCAGAUAUAUCCACCUCGAUUCGAAAUGCUUCAGACUUUGUAGAUCUCUGCGAAUUAGCUGGUUAUUAUGCCGAAGAACAUGUUGUACAGACCGGAGAUGGCUACUUGCUAUGUCUUCAUCGGCUCGGUUGGAAGAAAGGAGAAGAAAAUACAAAAGUCAAUAGUGGAUCAAACAGCAUCAAGAAGCCUGUUGUAUAUCUACACCAUGGCUUGCUCAUGAAUAGUGAGGUUUGGCUUGGAAACAAUCGUGGAAACAAAUAUUCUAAGAAGUCCAUCCACCAUUCACCAGCAGACACGGCAUUUUGGGACUUCUCAAUGGAUGAAUUUGCUUUCCAUGAUAUCCCAGACACCAUUCAAUACAUACUUGACACAACCUCUGCGCCAUCCCUGUCGUAUAUUGGAUUCUCUCAAGGAACAGCUCAAGCCUUCGCAACUUUGGCUGUUCAUCCGAAACUCAACGAUCAAAUUAAUGUAUUCAUUGCGCUUGCACCUGCGACGUCCCCAGCUGGUCUCUCGAAUGGCAUAGUAGAUGCCCUUAUCAAAGCAUCGCCUCAAGUCCUAUUUCUUCUUUUCGGCCGUCGCUCCAUCCUCUCAUCAGCAACUAUGUGGCAAUCCAUACUCUACCCUCCAAUUUUUGUUCGUCUCAUCGAUAUGGGCUUGUCGUUUCUCUUUGGUUGGCACGCCAAAAACAUAUCCACAUCACAGAAGCUCGCAGCCUACCCUCAUUUGUACUCUUUCACCAGUACAAAAUCCGUUGUCCACUGGUUUCAAAUUAUCCGCACCAAGUCAUUCCAAAUGUACGAUGAUGAGCCGCAGCCUGUUUUCAGUGGAGUAGACAGAUACACUAAAGUGGCCAAAUUUCCAACUCGCAAUAUCAAAACUCCAAUCGUUUUACUAUAUGGCGGCAGCGACUCACUAGUCGAUAUAAAUGUAAUGUUGAAACAACUUCCGAACCACACAAGCCAUAUCGAAAUUGCCCACUAUGAGCACCUUGAUUUUCUCUGGGCUCGAGGAGUCGACACUCUAGUUUUCCCGCACGUUUUUGACGCUUUGGAAUCCUUCUACAAUGCAGAUCAUUCGAAAGAGGAGUACGAACAUUAUAAUCGCGCCCGUACUAACUCACUGCGCAUUGGUGCAAACAACGACAGACUGUUGACCUACUUGAGCGAAGAGGAUAGCCAGUCAUUAGAAAGUGGAACAUACGCCGACGCGGACCCAACUACCAUAUUACAGCCUGGUGACGAAUCGUCAGCCGAUCUCAAAAUGAUCGAUGAUAUAUACAACCAUAAUAGUGCACGAAAACGCGUCAAGCUCGUUUCUAGAAACUCCCAUGUCAACAAUGAUAACUCUUCCGAUUCUGCUAUCGGUGUCAAUACAUCCAAUUCAUUCCCUCAAUUCGAUGGCUCACAUCAUGUGCUCAAACCAAAACCUCAGCCCCUUCUCGAUAGCGCACAAGGAACACCCUCCACGCCCCCAUCAAAUUUUCAUCCUCCUCUUUCUCCCUCUAAUUCCCGCAUACCAAUCACUACCCCCUCACCACAACCCAACUCCCAAACCCAAACAUCGACUCCCGCCCGCCUUCGAACACCCCUUCGCAGCAGUUCUAUCGGCAGCAACAUUUCCUUCGAAACAAAAGGAAAGAAAAGCAGAGCCGGAAGUAUAAGUGGAAGUGGCAUUAGCCUGGGUGUGGGCCGUGCUGUAGGUGGCGUAGUAUCUGGUUUAGGAGAAGGUACUAGGGGAAAAGAAGACGUGUAUGUGAGUGAUGGGGCUAGAAGCGGAGGAGACAGUGGUGCGAGCGGGAACGAUACCGGGAAGGAAAAUACAAAAGAAAGUGGAAGUACGAAGGGUUUUGGGGGAGUAUUGAGGAGGAAACCGGAGAGGAAAGAAGAUGAUGGAUCAUAG